AUGGCUAUGGAAGUGAAAACAGCAAAUAGAGGAAAGAUAUCGCUUAAAGGCUCUACUAAAUUAAUAGUAGAAUUCUUUGGUAAAAAUAUUAUAUUCGAUGGUAUAUUUGAUUUUUUUUUCAAUGCUAAAGUGCAUUAUAGUAUUUUUUUUCAACGUGGAGUUUAUCCCGCUGAAGACUUUAAAUGGGUAAAGAAAUACGGACUAAAUGUUUUAAUGACACUCGAUGAUAAUGUUAAACUGUAUUUAAAGAGAUUGUUAAAUCAAAUAGAAAGUUGGUUGAUGGCUGGCAAAGUGGAUAAGCUUGUUCUGGCAAUCAUCUCAUGCGAAACACGCGAGACACUCGAAAGAUGGCAAUUUGAAAUUGAAGUUAUUGAUGAAAAUAAAACACAAGACAUUUCCAUAAGAAAAGACAAAUCAUAUGAAGAAAUACAAAAAGAAAUUCAAGGAAUUAUUCGUCAAAUAACUGCCAGUGUUUCAUUUUUACCAGUCUUAGAAGAUAAAUGCACUUUCUCUAUAUUGGCAUACACUGAUAAAGAUAUCGAAGUGCCAGCUGAAUGGAGAGAUGGUGAUCCGCAUCUUAUACCAAAUGCUGAACAGGUUAGACUUCGUUCAUUUUCGACGAUGGUACACAAGGUGCAUGCACAAGUUGCAUAUAAACUGGGUGACGAAGUCUAG